AUGCGCGGAUGGGCGCAAGGAGGACGCUCGAACGGCCAGCAGCCACAGCAGCAGCAGCAGAGCGGCGGAAUGGGUGGGACCAGAAUGGGCGGCGGCGGAAUGGGCGGGAGCGGAAUGGGCGGCGGCGGAAUGGGCGGCGGCGGCAUGGGUGGCGGCGGAAUGGGCGGCGGCGGAAUGGGCAGCGGCGGAAUGGGCGGCGGCGGCAUAGGCGGCGGCGGAUUGGGCGGUGGCGGAAUGAGCGGCGGCGGAAUGGGUGGCGGCGGCAUGAGUGGCGGCGGAAUGGGCGGCGGCGGAAUGGGCGGCGGCGGCAUGGGUGGCGGCGGAAUGGGCGGUGGAGGAAUUGGCGGCGGCGGAAUGGGCGGCGGCGGCAUGGGUGGCGGCGGAAUGGGCGGCGGCGGAAUGGGCGGCGGCAGCAUGGGUGGCGGCGCAAUGGGCGGCGGCGGAAUAAGCGGCGGCGGGAUGGGCGGCGGCGGAAUGGGCGGCGGCGGAAUGGGUGACAGUGGCGGAAUGGGAGGGGGAAUGGGCGGACCUGGUUCCUCUGCUCCCGGAUCACAAGCAUCCAUGGGUCCUUGGGGAGGCAUGGGCGGCGAUGGAAUAGGCGGCGGCGGAGUGGGCGGCGGCAGAAUGGGAGGGGGCAUUGGCGGACCUGGGUCCUUUGCUCCCGGAUCACAAGCAUCCAUGGGUCCUAGGGGAGGCAUGGGCGGCGGCAGCAUGGGCGGAGGCGGGAUGGGCGGCGGCGGAAUGGGCGGCGGUGGCAUGGGUGGAGGUGGAAUGAGCGGCAGCGGAAUGGGCGGCGGCGGAAUGGGUGGCGGCGGAAUGGGCGGCGGCGAACUGGGAGGGGGAAUGGGCGGACCUGGUUCCUCUGCUCCCGGAUCGCAAUCAUCCGUGGGUCCUAGGGGAGGCAUGGGCGGCGAUGGAAUGGGCGGUGGCGGCAUGGGUGGCGGCGAAAUGGGCGGCGGCGGAAUGGGCAGCGGAGGCAUGGGUGGCGGCGGAAUGGGCGGUGGUGGAAUGGGCGGCGGCGGUAUGGGUGGCGGCGGAAUGGGCGGCGGCGGAAUGGGCGGCAGCGGCAUGGGUGGCGGCGGAAUGGGCGGCGGCGGAAUGGGCGGCGGCGGCAUGGGUGGCGGCGGAAUGGGCGGAGGCGGAAUGGGCGGCGGCGGCAUGGGUGGCGGCGGAAUGGGCGGUGGCGGCGGCAUGGGUGGCGGCGGAAUGGGCGGUGGCGGAAUGGGCGGCGGCGGAAUGGGCGGCGGCGGCAUGGGUGACGGCGAAAUGGGCGGAGGCGGAAUGGGCGGCGGCGGCAUGGGUGGCGGCGGAAUGGGUGGCGGCGGCAUGGGUGGUGGCGGAAUGGGCGGCGGCGGAAUGGGCAGCGGAGGCAUGGGCGGCGGAGGCAUGGGCAGCGGAGGCAUGGGCGGCGGAGCAAUGGGCGGCGGAGGCAUGGGCGGUGGAGGCAUGGGCGGGUCAGGGUGGGUUGCUCCAGGGUCGCAGGCAGCAACCGGCCAGGGUGGACCUGGGAUGGGCGGAGGGAUGGGCGGAGGGAUGGGCGGAGGGAUGGGGGGAGGGAUGGGCGGAGGGAUGGGCGGAGGGAUGGGUGGAGGGAUGGGGGGAGGGACGGCCGGAGGGAUGGGAGGGUCUGGGGGCAACAUGGGAGGCGGCAUGGGCGGACCACAGUAG